AUUGACAACUGAUUUAACCUUAAAUAUUACACGUGCAAUUUGCAAGUAAAUAUUAACAGAGUGUGGUAUUUUUUACAUAGUAAUAGUAAAUGAGAACGAAAACAUAAAAUGGGGCAAAAAAAGAAAGUGGGAAAACAGCGGAGAGAUAAGUUUUAUCAUCUAGCUAAAGAAACAGGUUUCAGAUCAAGAGCCGCGUUUAAAUUGAUCCAGUUGAAUCGCAAGUUUGAGUUUUUACAAAAGUCGCGAGUAUGUGUGGAUCUAUGUGCGGCCCCAGGAGGUUGGAUGCAGGUGGCCAAACAAAAUAUGCCUGUAUCCAGCGUAGUUGUCGGUGUAGACUUGUUUCCAAUAAAACCCAUUCCAGGUUGUAUAAGUUUAGUCGAAGACAUAACAACAGAGAAAUGUAAGACGGCCUUGGGAAAGGAACUACAGACGUGGAAAGCAGACGUUGUUCUUCAUGAUGGUGCCCCAAAUGUAGGAAAGAAUUGGUUACAUGAUGCGUACCAACAAGCUUGUCUAACACUGAGUUCGUUAAAAUUAGCUACCCAACUCUUAAGGCGUGGUGGAUGGUUUGUAACUAAAGUAUUUAGAUCAAAAGAUUACAAUGCUCUAAUUUGGGUUCUAAAACAAUUAUUCAAGAAAGUCCAUGCUACUAAACCUCAAGCUUCCCGUACAGAGUCAGCGGAAAUUUUCGUGGUUUGCCAGAAUUACAUAGCUCCUGAUAAAAUUGAUCCCAAAUUUAUGGAUGCCAAAUAUGUGUUUUCUGAAUUAGAACUCGAACCAAAGAAUAAAUUAAAUUUCUUUCAUCCUGAAAAACAGAAGAAAGCUAAAGCUGAAGGAUACGCGGAAAAUGAUUAUACUCUGCACCAUAAGUUGAAAGUUUCUGACUUUAUUAAACAUGAAAAUGGAAUUGAUAUACUGCAAAAUGCAUCAGAAAUUAUUUUUGAUGACCCAGCCAUCCUAAACCAUGCAAAAACAACAAAUGAAAUAAAGGAAUGUGUCAAGGACAUAAAGGUCUUGGGCAGAAAAGAUCUACGGAAUAUUUUAGCCUGGUGGAAGAUAUUAAAUGAAGAAUACAAGAAAAGCAAUUCCACAGAAUCAAAAGAAAGUGUUGAGAGUGAUGAGGAGAUUGGAAAGGAAGAAUCAAAAUCAGACGAUGAAGAAAAUCUAGGAGAUGUUGAUGAACAAAUUGCAAAUCUACAAGAAGAAGAAAUAAGGGACCAAAAACGCAAGAAGAAGAAGGUGUUAAAGGAAAGAAAGAAAUUGAAUGAGAGAUUGAACCUUAAGAUGAUAUUGAAGAAUGACGAUGGACCUACUAUGGAAGGUGAUGAUAUGUUUGCAUUAAAAAAAGUAACUAGUAGUGUAAAUAAAAUCCUGGACCAGACUCCGGAUAUGGUGGUUAAUUCAGAUGAUGAGUUUAGUGAACUAAAACCAAUGCCAAAAUAUAAGAAAUAUGAGAAAGGCGAGGGACAUCUAGAUAGCACAGGUACAUUCUAUAAAGAUUCUGAUUCGGAACUGGAAAUGGAGAGUGACGAUGAGGAAGAUGAAAUUAAAGAAGGGUUAGGUUUUGAUGAAGAAGAUAGUGACGAACAGCCUUCUAAAAAGAAAACCAAACGAAAAGCAAAUCCAAAAGAUAAAGAAGACCAAUCCAAUCCAUUAAUUACAGAUCUAGACUAUCGAGACAAAGACAAGAAAAAAGCCCAUAAAGCAGAACUGUGGUUCGAAAGAGACAUUUUUAAGAACCUAAUUGAUGAAAAAGAUGAAGACGCUGAUCUAGACAAAAUGGUAGAAAACUUCAAGAAGAAAGGAGCAAAAAUCUAUGGUGAAGAAGAUCCGAAAGUAGACAAUAUCGUCAAAGCUGGAAAGAAAAAAUCAAAGAAAGAGAUUACAGAUAGUGCUUAUAGUUCUGAUGGAAAUGAUACAGAUACUGAUACUGACUCCGACACAGAUUCUGACUAUGAUGUAGAGAAGGAAGUAGGCGCUCCAGUGAAUAAUUCUAAGAAGGAUGGAUUUGAAAUUGUAAAAAGUGUAAGUACAGGUAAGAAGGGAAAGAAAUACAAACUAAAUUCAGAGGAGCUCGCCAUGGGUACUAUGAUGGUAAACAGCAAAAAAGCCAAAAGGGAUUUAGUUGAUGCUGCUUGGAAUCGCUAUGCAUUUGGCGAUGAAGGAUUGCCUGACUGGUUUAAACAAGAUGAGGAGAAACAUAUGAAAAGGGAAGUCCCGGUUCCUAAAGAAUUAGUUGAUGAAUACAACAAGAAAUUAGAAGAAAUAAAUGUGCGACCCAUAAAGAAGGUUAUUGAAGCCAAAGCUAGAAAGAAGAGGCGCGCAAUGAAGAAAUUAGAAAGAGCUAAGAAGAAAGUUGAAUCUGUCCUCGACAAUGCAGAUAUAUCAGAAAGGGAGAAGGCCAGACAGGUUCAACAAUUAUACAAGAAAGCCAGGCAAGAACCCAAGAAAGAAGUUACAUACGUGGUAGCUAAGAAACACAUGACUGGCAAGCGAGUAGCCAGGCCAAAGGGGGUUAAAGGACACUAUAAAGUUGUAGAUCCAAGAAUGAAAAAAGAUAUAAGGGCGCAAAAGAAGAAAAUGAAAACUAUGGGUAGGGGUAAAAAAGGUGGGAAAGGUGGUAAAAGCAGUAAAGGACCCUCGAAAGGAAAUAAGGGAAAGCAAAAAGCGCAGGAUGUACAUACUAAAUGAUUAAGUUAAUGAAUUAAGUGUAUUUUUAACUUGUGAUAAAUCAAGUGAAGUUGUUUUGAACUUUGUUAAUAAAAUAUGUGAAGAUCUUC